AUGAGUGCGCAGCUGCGUCAGCCGGCGCCGGCGGACGUGGAGUCCCGCGUCUUCGUGUUUUGUGGAGAGGGCGCUCACAGCGCAGACACGGACUUGGACAUGCUGAAGUUCAGCCCAUCCUGGCCUGCAGUGCAGCAAGCAUUGCGCGAUGUGGGGCAUGCAGAUCCCGAGGUUUUCCUCCAGGCGAACCUCGGCGUGCAUUCUGCUCCAAACUCGCCAGUGCUGUCUGUGGCCGUGGGCAUCCUGAACGCCGACUUAUGGAAGCAAUGGGGACAGACGCCAUCCGUCGUUCUGGGCCACUCUGUGGGUGAGAUAGCUGCCGCCUACACGGCUGGCAUGUUGACCAUCGGGCAGGCCAUCGGUAUCGCGCACGGCAUGGGCGUGGCCAUGCAGAACCUUGCUGGGUUUAUGCUGCACGCCGAAUUGCCACGGAGUGGGUUGACGAGUCUACCGACUGGUGUGCAUUUGGCCUCGGUCAACUAUGUUGUCAAGCGAGGCGAUUGCAAGGAGAAGGACCUGCUGAGCGUGACACUGUGUGGCCUUGGCUCGGCAGAGGAUUGCCUGGCAGAACAUCCUGGCGCUAAGGUUCUGCAACCGCAGCAUGCCUGGCACCAUCCCGAGGCGCCCUUGCCCGCCACAGACUUGCCACGUGGCCAGGCCUCUUCCAUCGCAUUCAUCUCUUCAGUCACCGGCACGCAACUCCAUGAGCUCUCGCAGGAUCACUGGCGUCGCUGGUUGCGCAGCCCCGUGAACUUCGCGGAAGCCUUGCAGGUGGCUGCGGGUCAUGCAAGGCGGUGUGCGGUGCUGGAGAUGGGCCCGCACCCCGUGUUCCACGCGGCGAUCCAGGCCAGCUUCGGAGACGAGCUGAUGGCCUACGCCAGCUCCAUGCACCGCGGGGAGAAGGCGGCGCCGUGGCUGCGGAGCCAGCGCGGGCAGCUGCCGGGCUUCCGGGCUCGGCUGGCCCAGGGUCUCCGGGCCCUCCGGGUGCCGGGCGUGCCAGGUGCACCGGAGCUGUGCCCGGUCACGCGCUUCGCGGAGCAAGGCUUCAGCUCGCAGCAGCUGGUGCCGCUGGCCCAGCGCCUGGCCGGCUUCUUCCCCGGCCUGGCGGUGCACGACCUCUACCGCUUUACCUCCCUGGAGAAGCUCCAGGACUGGGACGGAGAGGUUUCCCUGGGACGGAUGCCAGGCACGGCAGGCACGGCAGGCACGGCAGGCACGACAGGCACGGCAGGCACGGCAGGCACGGCAGGCGUGGACCAGUUGGAGAUCCUGGGCUGCGGCGUGCGCCUGCCGGCCGGGAUCCACUCCCCGGGCGCCUUGUGGACGCUCCUGCUGGACGACGACCGCCACGCGGCCUUCGCCGCCAAGGACGGGGUCAAGGCCGCCUUCCUGCAGCCCAAGUUUGACGGCCAGGCCGCCAUGGCAGCUGCGGAGGCCGCCGGGGUGGAGGGCGCCGAGGCGGCCGCCAUGGAUCCCCAGCACGCCUUCGCCCUUCAGCUGGCGCAGGAGAUGUGGGAAGAUGCAGGUUCGGAGGCUGCGCAAGCUGCAAAAGCGCGGCUGGACCAUGUCGGUGUCUACAUUGGGGCGUGGCAACCUGCAGUGUCCAACGCCCGGGCAUCGGCCUACCACACCAUCGGCACAUCUCUCAGCGCUCUGGCGGCGCGGGUGGCAAACGCUCACGAUUUGCAAGGCCCCGUGAUGACGCUGAACACGGCCUGCUCCUCAGCGCUGGUGGCGGUGCAUGAAGCGCUGCGGGAUGCGAGGGCUGGUCGCAUUGACUUUGCCAUCGCCGGCGGCGUGAACCUCUUCGGGGACGACCUGCAGCUCUUCACCAACCUCCGCAGGGCAGGCAUGUUGAGUCCAUCAGGCCGCUGCCACACGUUCUCAGCUGAUGCCGAUGGAUACGUUCGAGCUGAAGGAGGCGCCCUUUUCCUGCUGCACACCUCCGACUCCAAGGACUCCAAGAUGCCUUCGCGCUGCAGGAUUUUGGGCUCUGCAGUGACCCAAAACUCGAAGCAAAAGCCUUUGUCAUCCGUGGACCCCGCGGCGCAGGAGCGUGCCAUUCGUUUGGCCUGCCAAGAUGCAGGAGUUCGGCCGGCAGAGCUUGCGGCAGUUGAGCUUCAUGGAACUGGGACGCCCUUGGGCGACCCUGUGGAGGUCUCUGCCUUGGCAAAGGCAGUUGGCCAUGCGCCGUGUGUGAUGACCGCCGUGAAGAUGCACCUGGGCCACUUGGAGUCUGCGGCAGGGGCGGUCGGCCUGAUGAAAGCCAUGCUCAUGUGCCAACAUCGCCAGGUGCUCGGCUUCUCCAUCGAUGGCAAGGGGCUGAAUCCUCAAGUCAUCGCUGCCAUGGAGGGCUCGUGCUUGCCAACGCCAGGCAAGCAGGCGAGCCUCACCGAAGACUCGGUGCUGGGUGUGUCCAGCUUCGGCUUUGCCGGUAGCAAUGCUCACAUCAUCGUGGCCCCCACCCCGGCGCACCACGCCUAUCCGAAAUAUGAGGGCGGUGGCAGACACGAAACCGUUCCCACAAGGCCUCCGUCUGCGCUGUCUCUCGCAGAGACCGUGUCCACUGCGUCGCCCAGAUCGCAAAGGUCGCAAGAGCCGGCCAAGUGCCCUAGUACCCACGCCAGCCGCUUGUUCUCCGUGGCCGAGGAUGGCGAUCUGCCUGGGGAGGUGGACAUCAACGUCAACUCCCUGACCUUCGUCGGCAGUGCCGUUCUCUCCAUCGUUGGCGGGGACGCGGAGGUAGAUGUCGACGCAGAUCUGCAUGAGCUUGGCGUCGACUCCCUGGGACUCGCCGAGCUCCUUGGGCUCUUGGAGGACAAGUUCGGCCGGGGAUGCAUCACCAUCGACAAGAUCAUGGACGAGCCCAGCUGUCGUGCUAUCGCCACCAAUCUCGAAUGCGGAAGUGCCCGUCCCUUGCCACCAAGCGUCUCGACGCCCGCACCGAAGCGCCUCCCUGCCAAGUCAGUCACCAUCGUCCUGCCGAACACCGUGCCUGAGACAGUUCUAACUCAGCCGUCCGUCAAGUCUCCCUCGCCCAGCAAGCCUUGGAUUCGUACCACGCAUGUGGGCUCCCUCCCCCGUCCAGCCGGACAGCUUCAUUUGGCAGAAGUGAUUGUGCAGCAGGCCGGCUGCGUAGAUGUCAUCAAUGAUGGUGAGUGGGGUCGAGACAACUACAUUGCUGAUGUCAUCAGUCGUAUCCCGAAUCUUCGCGGAACCGCUGGAGCUGCGGGCUGCUGUGCCAAGCACGCCAUGCCUGUCGCAGCUGACAUGCACGACGUGCCCAUCUACGCCCAGCGCUUCACGGGUGGGAACGGCCUCAUUACCCUGAACCCCAAGCGCGAGGCGGUGAGUGACUUGGCCUGCGUGGCGCACCCCAAGUACGAGGAGGCAGAGAUUCCAAGCUUGAGACCCUUCCUGGAGGCUGUGGCAAAGGCUGAGAAGGAUGCCGCGGACUGCUUCUACUCGGUGCCUUCGCCUGGCACCAUGGCGCUCUUCUGCCAAGAUGCCUACUUCCACGACCACAAGGCGUACGUCAUGGCCUUGGCGGAGGCCCUUGCUCCGGAAUACCGGCAGGUUGCCAGGACCGGUCUCCAGCUGCAAGUGGACUGCCCCGAUUUGGCCAUGGGCCGGCACACCAGGUGGUCCGAAAUGACGGACUCCGAAUUCCUGGACAUCGCCCGCUGCAACGUGGAGGCCCUGAACAUCGCCCUCAAGGACGUGCCGUUGGAACAGAUCCGGAUCCACGUCUGCUGGGGCAACUACGCAGGGCCGCACCACAAAGACAUGCCCGCGGGCCUUUUGUGGCCGAUCUUGGCAGAGGCGAAGGCAACGUACUUGCUCGUGGAGGGGGCGAAUGCUCGGCAUCGCAUGGACGUGCUGGCUUUCGAGGAGGCCGUCAAGAAGGGCCACUUCAAGGAGCAUCAGGUCAUCGUGCCUGGCCUCAUCGACACCACCGCGGCGCGCGUGGAAGACCCUCGGCUCAUCGCGGAGACUCUGCUGCGGUAUGUCCGCGCUGCAGGUCAUCCGGCCCGCGUCAUGGCCGGCACAGACUGCGGGUUCGCCUCCACUGCAAAGUCCACGGCCAUCACUUCGGACCUCGCCUGGUUGAAGCUCAGGAGUCUGGCGGAUGGGGCUGACUUGGCCACCCGGUGCUUCAUCGAGCAGCGUGCUCCCGUGCCCUGCCGCACCCCUGCCUUUGCGCCCACGCCUUUCCGCGCCGUCAUCUUCGCGGCUGCCAGCGACCAAGUGGACUAUGUGGCCGAGCUGCGGCAGGCCUUUGACGGCCUCACCAUGCACUCUACCCUCGUCUUCUCGGCGGACGCCUUUGCAGAGCUUCGUUGGGUCGUGGAUGUGCCCCUGGCCUUGGUGGCGCUGGGGAGCGAAGGCCUGGCUCUGGCCCAGCGGACUCUGCAGCAGCUGGAGGAGGACAAAGCCGUGGCACGGCGGCCAGCCAAGCUCAUGUCCUUCGAUGACCCACGCUCGAUGCCUUCAACGGCAGAGGUGGCUUCCGCCGUGCGCGCAGAGGCGCUGGGCCGCACCGGCUUCGACAAGCGGAGCUUGGUGCUGCCGCGGCUCGGCUCUCCGCCAGCCUCCGUGGACGUGGUGGUGGUUGGCGCGGGUCUCCUGGGAAUGCUCACGGCCCACCGCUGCCGCAGCGCAGGCUUCAGCGUGGCCGUGUUGGAGCAGCGCGCCCUGGUGGGCGGCAUCUGGUCCAUGUACGCCAACGCCACUUCGCAGGUGAACAGCUCCGAGGGCGGCUACUGCAUCAAGGAGCUGAUUGGCGAGGAUGACGGCAAGGCCGCAUGGGACAACCGCGACCACAGCACCGCUGCAGAGGUCCUGACCGACUUCGCCAAGCUUGGGGACAAGCUCAAGGACCACAUCUUCACUUCCGUGAAGGUCGUGAAGGUGUUGGGGGAGCGGGGCAACUACACCGUGCUCUUCGAGGAUGCGGUGUCGCAGAGCGCUGGCAUUGCGCAGUGCCGUGGCGUCGUGCUGUGCAUCAACGAUCGCGUGGGCUUGCCGCGGCCGCUGGACGCGCCAGGGCGCUCCGACUUUGCCGGCGUGGUGGCAGAUGGCACGUCUGACUCGUUGGCAGGCGUGGCUUGGCGCGGCAAGCGGGUGGUCAUCGCCGGCAUGGGCGCCUUCGCGGUGGAGAACGUGCGCACGGCGCUGGAGCACGGCGCGGCCCAGGUCACGGUGGUGGGCCGACGCCAUGGCACCAUUUGCCCCAAGGCCAUUGACUACCUCAACUUUGUGAAGCCAUGGGAUGCUAAGUACAAGCAUGACACGCAGACAAACGUGAAGCAGUUCCUCCGAUGGAAGCAGCUGUAUGAAGCGUCCGGCUGCAUUGUGCCAGAAUGUUGGCCCAAGCAAGUGAAGCAUGAUGGCCACACAAUCUCCGUGAGCGACAUCUGGUUUAUUGCUCACUUCAUGAACAAGCUCCGCAGUAACACCGGUGAGAUCAAGUGUGUCGAGACGGACGGGGUGGUUCUUUCCAGCGGCGACUUCAUUGCUUGUGACAUCGUGGUGGGCUGCAUCGGCUUUGAACGCUCCAGCUUCCUCUGCGAGAGCCUGACUGGCCGCAGCGAGGUCAAAACGACAAAUUACCUCGACAAGGACAUGAUGUACCUGGCGGACGCAGAGAUCGACGAGGGUGCCUUCAACUCCUUCUUUGGGUCGUCAGUCUUGGAGUACGGAAAGUUCUUCAGCAACGUCUUCGUGGAGGGCCUGCAGCGACCCGAGUUGGGCGAGCAACUGUGGGGGGUGGACAUCCCAGCAGUGCCUAUCACGCAGAGGAAGUGGAAUCAAUACAUCGCUGCUGCCAUGAAGCUCAUCGAGACAGACCAGCAAAUUGCUGAGCAUGCCCGCCAUCAGGUGGAUCGGCGCACGGCGCACUUCUGGCGCACGCUGCCCCCCGGCAGCUUCCUGGAGGUGAACCGCCGGGACUGGGAGGAGCUGCACCACCGGCUCAACGGCGGAGUGCCGGUGCCCAAGGAACAGCAGCUGCCGUACUUCUUCGAUGAGAUUCCUGAAUGGUGCUCAGACAGUCAGGUUGUGGACGUCCUCAGCGGCCGCUGGCGUAAGGUACUGCUUUCAGAGUUCGCGGGGUGCCUGGUAGCCAGCACGUUCCAAAUGCGUAUCAUUUUGGAGACCUUGUGGGUGAGCUUCCGGUUCCUGGAGUGGCCGGAGAGGAGGCACCGUCGACACCGCCCAGAGGCGCGUUCUGGGCCGAUCGCCUACUUGGCUUGUGCCGUGGACAGGCACGGCAUGGCGCAGGAUCCAGGCAACUGCAUCAGAGGCGUCACCAAAUGCAUGGCGGAGACUCCCAUGGACGUGCCCGCAACGGUGCAACGGGCCGCGAGCGCCUUCCGCCGCCGCGUGCCUAAGAAGCCGGAGGCUCGCGAGGUUGAGGCACCCGAUGCACGUAAAGAGCAUGCCAAGGCGCAGCCGCAAGCGCAAGAGAAGCAAGUGCAAGAGAAACAAUCGCUGGAAGAGGCCGAACGCAAGGCUCAGGAGGCUCAGGAGGCGCAGAAGAAGCUGGUGAGGCAACUGGAGCAGGAGCGGCUGCAAGCACAGCAGGCACUUGAAGAGGUGCGAGCGGAAGCAUCCAUGGCCCGUGCGCAGGAAGCACAUGCAAGGCAACAGUUCGAGUGGCCAGGCGGCAAGAUUCGGCAGGAUUGGAUUGAGCCUUUGAUGAAAAACGUGCGCCUUAUGCGGUGGGCCGAAAGCAAGGCUCAGGAGGCUCAAGAGGCGCAGAAGAAGCUGGUGAGGCAGCUGGAGCAGGCCGAAAGCAAGGCUCAGGAGGCUCAAGAGGCGCAGAAGAAGCUGGUGCGGCAGCUGGAGCAGGAGCGAGUGCACGCGCAGCAGGCACUUGAAGAGGCAUCCAUGGCCCGUGCGCAGGAAGCACACGCAAGGCAGCAGUUCGAGCAAGCGCAAGAGAAGCAAGCCCAAGAGACACAAGUGCAAGAGAGACGAGGUCUGAAAGAGGCCGAAAGCAAGGCUCAGGAGGCUCAAGAGGCGCAGAAGAAGCUGGUGAGGCAGCUGGAGCAGGAGCGAGUGCACGCGCAGCAGGCACUUGAAGAGGCAUCCAUGGCCCGUGCGCAGGAAGCACACGCAAGGCAGCAGUUCGAGCAAGCGCAAGAGAAGCAAGCGCAAGAGACACAAGUGCAAGAGAGACGAGCGCUGAAAGAGGCCGAAAGCAAGGCUCAGGAGGCUCAAGAGGCGCAGAAGAAGCUGGUGAGGCAGCUGGAGCAGGAGCGAGUGCACGCGCAGCAGGCACUUGAAGAGGCAUCCAUGGCCCGUGCGCAGGAAGCACACGCAAGGCAGCAGUUCGAGCAAGCGCAAGAGAAGCAAGCCCAAGAGACACAAGUGCAAGAGAGACGAGCGCUGAAAGAGGCCGAAAGCAAGGCUCAGGAGGCUCAAGAGGCGCAGAAGAAGCUGGUGAGGCAGCUGGAGCAGGAGCGAGUGCACGCGCAGCAGGCACUUGAAGAGGCAUCCAUGGCCCGUGUGCAGGAAGCACACGCAAGGCAGCAGUUCGAGCAAGCGCAAGAGAAGCAAGCCCAGAAGACACAAGCGCAAGAGAGACGAGCGCUGAAAGAGGCCGAAAGCAAGGCUCGGGAGGCUCAAGAGGCGCAGAAGAAGCUGGUGCGGCAGCUGGAGCAGGAGCGAGUGUACGCGCAGCAGGCACUUGAAGAGGCAUCCAUGGCCCGUGCGCAGGAAGCACAUGCAAGGCAGCAGUUCGAGAAUUCGCAAAAGAAGCACGUGCAAGAAGGACAAGUGCAAGAGAGACAAGCAUGGAAAGAGGCCGAAAGCAAGGCUCAGGAGGCUCAAGAGGCUCAGGAGGCGCAGAAGAAGCUGGGGAGGCAACUGGAGCAGGAGCGACUGCAAGCGCAGCAGGCACUUGAAGAGGCAUCCAUGGCCCGUGCGCAGGAAGCACACGCAAGGCAGCAGUUCGAGCAAGCGCAAGAGAAGCAAGCGCACGAGAGACAAGCGCAAGAGAGACGAGCGCAGGCAGAGGCCGAAAGCAAGGCUCAGGAGGCUCAGGAGGCGCAGAAGAAGCUGGGGAGGCAACUGGAGCAGGAGCGACUGCACGCGCAGCAGGCACUUGAAGAGGCAUCCAUGGCCCGUGCGCAGGAAGCACACGCAAGGCAGCAGUUCGAGAAUUCGCAAAAGAAGCACGUGCAAGAGGGACAAGUGCAAGAGAGACAAGCGCUAAAAGAGGCUGAAAGCAGGGCUCAGGAGGCUCAAGAGGCGCAGAAGACGCUGGUGAGGCAACUGGAGCAGGAGCGAGUGCACGCGCAGCAGGCAGUUGAAGAGGCAUCCAUGGCCCGUGCGCAGGAAGCACACGCAAGGCAGCAGUUCGAGAAUUCGCAACAGAAGCACGUGCAAGAGAGACAAGUGCAAGAGAGACAAGCACUGAAAGAGGCCGAAAGCAAGGCUCAGGAGGCUCAGGAGGCGCAGAAGAAGCUGGGGAGGCAACUGGAGCAGGAGCGACUGCACGCGCAGCAGGCACUUGAAGAGGCAUCCAUGGCCCGUGCGCAGGAAGCACACGCAAGGCAGCAGUUCGAGAAUUCGCAAAAGAAGCACGUGCAAGAGGGACAAGUGCAAGAGAGACGAGCGCUGAAAGAGGCCGAAAGCAAGGUUCAGGAGGCUCAGGAGGCGCAGAAGAAGCUGGUGAGGCAACUGGAGCAGGAGUGGCCAGGCGACUGCAAGCGCAGCGGGCACUUGAAGAGGAAGCACACGCAAGGCAGCAGUUUGAGCAAACGCAAGCGAAGCAAGCGCAAGAGAGGCACGUGCUGGAAGAGGCCGAAAGCAAGGCGGCUGAGAAGGUGCAGAAGAAGCAGGCAAAGCAGCUGGAGCAGGAGCAGCUGCGAGCACUGCAGGCAGUUGGAGAGGCAUCCCUGGCCCGAGCGCAGGAAGCACAUGCGAGGCAGCAGGAGGAGUUGGCCAUGCGAGCGGAAGGGCAGCUCAAGGAGGAGCUCAGGGCUCUUCAGGAGCAACAGUUGGCAAUUGCCGCCCAGGCUGCGAAGGCUGCUCAGGAGGCACAGGAGAAGCAGGCAAAGCAACUGGAGCAGGAGCAGUUGCGAGCACUGCAAGCGCUUGGAUCCAAGAGAAGCAAGCGCUGGAAGCACAAGAGAAGCAGGCAAAGCAAUUGGAGCAAGAGCAGUUGCGAGCGCGGCACGCAGUUGA